AAUGGAUAGAUUUCACGUUGGCCUCGCCAGGGAGCCGUAGACAUGCAUUCUAGCGCAUUAUAGAGUAUCACAUGUUGUGUAUUUUACAUCACAGCCAAUCAACCUAUAACCAUAGACCAAUGAAUGAUGGACGGUGAGAAUAUGGAGCUUGUUGGUGUUACACACGUUUUGGACGCCGUCACGUUUUGGGCGCAGAAUGUCAAGGACGAUCAAGCCAUUGACAACAUAAGAAAAGCCUUGGCAGACAAAUGCCCAACAGCGCCAAGGGUACUUGGAACUCCCAAUCCCCAGAAGAUUUAUGGGGCAGUCUUCUCUGAGGACAGCUGUUGGUACAGGUGCAAGGUUCUGCAGCAGACUGAUCAUUUUCACGUGUCCUACAUUGACUAUGGGAACACAGAGUUUGUCAGUCGGUCAGCUCUGGUGGAGCUGCCAGGGGAUCUUCAGGCACUUUGUCUGGCCAAGAAGUACAAGUUCCAGGGCUUCAAUGUGUCCACUGACCAAGACUCAGCACAUUUCCUGCAGGGAAAGGCCUUCCUUCAGAAUCUGAUCUAUGGGAAGAAGGUCCGCAUCCAGAAGAAGUCUGUCUGCUUGGACGGGACCGUCCUGGUCCAGGCCUUUCAGGGAAACCUGGACAUCGGUGAAGAGGUUUUGAAGAUGAAGUUUGCCAAGUUCACCCUCCCGGGGAGUAACCGUGAGGGCCCCAUGUCUUUGCGGGCCCUGCAGGAGUCCCAUUGCCCGUGGCCUCAGCGGGUGUUGGAUUGGCCUGGCCCCCAGGGGGAUGGGGACAUGCCUGGCUCUACAGUCUGCAUGCCCAAACUACGGCCUGCUUUCCCCGACCAGAGUCCCCUUUCAAUGAAGGAGAAGAGCAAGGCCACAGCCCAGCAUGCUGCCAACCUAAUGAAGAAGAAGAUGGACCAGGAGCUGGUGGAGGAGAACCAGAGGCUGAAGGCAGAACGAGAGACCCAGCGCAGGGAGGACCAGCUGAGAGACAGCCUCUCAGAGCUCCAGAAGUUGAAAGAGGAGACUGCUAAUUAUGCGAAAGAGGCAGAGAGAUGGAAGGUGGAGAGGAACACACUCCAGAACCAAUCAGAGCAGCUGGAGACUGACCUGCAAGUUGCCAAACAGGAAGUGCAGGGUCGUAAGUGUGGAAGGGACAUGGUAGUGCAGGCUAUGAGGAGACAGUUAAAGAAGAAGGAGAAGGAAGUGGAGAAGCUCCUGGACUCAGCGGUGGCUGAACGGUUCUGUCCACUGGCUGAGAGAGUCGAUUCUCUGAGAGGAUUAAGAGAGAGAAACCCAGGUAACACGGAUAGCGACAGCCUUACGGAGUCUAUCAACAUUGUCAUAAACAACAGCAUCUCUGCCCCGGUUGCCAUGGAGAAGCUGGAGUCGGCAUGGAGAGAUUACAGCCUGGCUCAGGAGAAAGUCAAGGCCUGUCAGACGAAGGAGCAGCUUGGGGAUCUGAUAGACAACCGGAAUAAGGUGCGAGGUGUUCUGACUGCCACUGUAGAGUCCUUCCUUCAGGAGGCUGAGUGUUUGCCAGUCAGACAACGCAUGGACAAACUGGAGCAGGUGAGCUCCUCCCUGAUUGCACUGUUUGGUCCAGCCUCUAUGGAGGGGGAUGUUGGAGAGCAGGCCUUUGAGCAGUACAGCCAGUGGAGGACUCAGAGGAGUCAGCUCACCAGCUCUGUCAGAGACGGGACAGACAAGGCCCUCCAGGCCCUGUGUACCUGGUCGGAGAACGUUGGCAAGUUUUUCUGCCUGUCAGCUAACACAGUGGUGGGAGUGAAUGACAUCGUGGACGGAGUGAAUGAGCUGCUGAAGCAGGCAGAGAACAACGUGGCCAAGGAGCUGGACUGUCCCCUGUCAGUCGGGGAGCAGAACAACCAUGAGACCAAGGCAGUGUCCAACGCUUUCCACAAAGUCAUGCAGCACAUUCAGAGUGAGCAGAGUCUGCUGAGGGACAUUAUGGACAAAUAUCUGCUCAACACCAAGUUUAAGGGUGAGAUGCUACAGUGGCAGAAUGCUAGCCCGACUCCAGACUCUCUGUUCUCUGUGAAGAAACGUAUCCGCAGCCUGAGGGCUCAGCUGAGGUGGAGACAGGUGGAGGAGGCCAGUCUGGAGGAGGCUGAAGACUUUGACCUAACGGAGAUUCUGAAGAAGAAGGAAGAGAUUGCUGAGACCAGAAACACUCUUUUCCAUGAAAUCGGUCAAGAAAGAAAAGAAUAUAUGAAGCUCAGUGCUCUGGCUGAAGGCUGCUGUCCUGAGCUCCCCCUGCUCUACCCUGAGGCAGACAUCCACAGCCACAUGAGCUCUGGAGGUCUGGUGGUGAAGAGUCUGGACAGGGACAUGUUUGACGCUGAGCCCAUGAAGGAGCUGAGUGGACGCAGGCCUCUGGUCUGUACUGAGUUCCAGGGACAGAGGGUCAUACUCAAGGGUUACACUGUGAAUGAGGAGGCAGAGGCCAGAGUGUUGGAGAGAACCACCCAGUUUCACAGAACCAGGACUCAGCGGGAGAGUCAGACUGACACUGGAAUGCUCCCUCUUCUGGCACUGUUCUUUGGCAAGUCAGACCCUCUUGCCUAUGUGAUGGUACCAUACUUCCCCAAUGGAAGUCUCUGGAAUGUUCAGGCUGCCACACCCCUAACUGCCUCAGUGAGUUCUCUC